AUGUUCCCCAGGCCAAGCUUGGCCCAGCUACUUGUCCCAAAUUUUGGGAAUAGUGCUGGAAAUUCGGAAACAGCUGAACCCAUCUCAUUAGCUACGACAACCAACAAUGAGGAACCAAAUGACGAAGAUAGUGAUGAAAGCCUUCUCGGCUCCAGGUUGAUACGGAUUCCAAGGGAACAAUUCCGGAAAUGGUUUAAAUCGAGUCGAAAGGCUACUGAGCCGUUCCGCUUCGUCUCGAGCAGACGGCCUCUCCGGUGCAACCAAAUCAAGCCCAAUAUCCGCUACUCGCGGCGCCAUAUGGCUGGCCGUGCAAAGGAUGCUGGAGUACGAACGGUCCUGCGAUUACGCCAAAAACCACCACUAUGCUUUUUGAUUGUAAAUCGAGCCUAUCACGAAUACGGGUUAAAACACUUGGUGCUAAUCGGCGUUUUUAUCUUCUACGUUCUGUUUGGUGCAUUCAUAUUAUUGAUUAUUGAGAGUCCAGCCCAAACGGAUAUGAAACAAAAUUGGAUGUCUGAAAUCCGCAAAAACCGCAGUUAUCUGGUCGAUUCGAUGAUGAAAGAAGUGUUCAACAAUUCGGAAUACUUAAUAUACAUAAAAGGAAAUACAACUGAUAAGCUACGGGUACGCUUUGACAGGAUAUUUGAAGUUUACGAGACUCGAUUGGGGAUACGAUGGAGCGAGCAGAGGAUGGAAUGGGAUUAUUGGAAUGCAAUACUAUUUGCUGGGACUAUAAUUACGACGAUUGGCUACGGGCAUAUCUACCCGAUGACGGAUCCGGGACGAGUGAUCACAAUGGUUUAUGCACUUGUUGGAAUUCCAUUAAUGCUCUUGGUACUUCAGGAUGUCGGCAAAAUCUUGACGAUUGCGAUGAAAUACCCUUGGUUUCAGUUCAAGCGGAUUGGCCGCAGGAUAUUAAAAUGUUGCACAAAGCAGUCCCUACGUGAGAUGCGACGGAUUGAAGCGGAAGAAAGAAGAGACCUAGAAGUCUUUGAUUUACCUGUUCCAGUCGGUGUGGCGUUGAUCUUCAUCUGGGUGAUUAACCUCCUUCAAUCAAAAAUGCGAACUACCUAUGAGGCUGGUGGGAAGGAUGUUGUGGAAAUUGUUGAACGACAACAAGACGCAACAACUUUGGGUGUAUUACAGGUAUUCCAAGAGAAGGAAAGCCACUAUUUGGUUAUCCCUGACGAGAUGCAGACCUCAGUGCAGUCAUCGACUCAUUCUAGGCAAACCCAGACUUCCCUCAGUCUGCCUGGAAUGCGACAGUGCGUCCUUCGUUCGGACGGCGUCCACUGGGUAGACGACAACUCACCUAUGAAAAGUCCUGAUGAGGUGACAAAACUGGUAGAAAUGGAGUCGAGUCUGCAUGUAUGUCAAGAUAUUGGGGAAAACAAUCGGGACGCCGAGGAUUUUGAUGAUUCGAUGGGAAGCAGCUUGUCCUUUCAUCAUCGAGAUGGGGGGAGGGGAGCACCAUCAAGACGUGAUUCUGCUGGAACUGCUCAUCAUUCGCCGUCGGCCCCCAAUGGGCUCAUCCUCGAUUUAUCGCAUGAUGAUUUAAGGGCCCGUCUGGUCCGAUCUCCGGAGAUGCAACGAAUGGCCCAGCAAGAGACACUAGAUAGUCUGUGCGAAGUGGCGCAGUGCUUUUCACCGGAUCCAUCGCUUGAA